AUGGAGACUAAACUAAACGCAGAAAAGUGUGGUAGAGUGAAAAGUAGGCUUAAGUAUGAUGGAUGUUUUAUGGUUGAACCAGUUAGAAGAAAGGGGGGACUAGCUUUAAUGUGGGAUGGAGAGUUCAAUGUGGAAGUGCUGAACUAUUCUCUAAGACACAUCAGUGUAUGGGUUAUAGAUGUGGUGGGGAAAAAGAAGUGGUUACUUAUUGGUUUUUAUGGAGAACCUGAAGCAAACAAAAGGGAGGAGGCAUGGAGACUACUUGCAGAUUUGAAACCAGAAGGAAAUAUAGGAUGGUGUGUAAUUGGAGAUUUUAACGAGAUCCUAUCCCAAGAUGAAAAAAUAGGAGGCUGCUUAAGACAGGAAAGAUUGAUGGACAGCUUUAGAGAGGCUUUGGAGAGUGGGGGACUAUUUGAUUUAGGGUGGAGGGGGGAUAAAUAUACGUGGAGUAGCAAAAGGGGGUGGAAAGGGAGUAGACAGUUCAUAUAUGAAGCGAGUUGGGCUCUUGAAGAGGACUGUGAAGGGGUUCUAAAGAAAGCCUGGAAUUUCCAAAGGCUUAACAGAACAAAUCUGCUGGAAGUGCAAAGUUUCAUGGAAAGUAGUAGAGGGGCUUUAAGUAGGUGGAGUAGACAUUUAGAAGUAGAGAGAGGUAAAAAGUUGGGAGAAAAAACCAAAAGGUUAAAGUGGUUGCAAGCUGAAGAAAAUGGGAAUAAUGCAGGCUACAUCAAAAAGAUUCAGGAGAUAGGAGUCUUACUUGACAAGGAAGAUUUGAAAUGGAGACAAAGGGCAAAGAGGAAUUGGUAUCAGUUUGGGGACAGGAACACCAAGUUCUUUCAUGCAUGUGCAAGCCAAAGAAGAAAAAAGAAUCAGAUAACACAAGUGAUUGAUGACCAAAACCAUUCCUUCACAAGGCCAGAAGAAGUAGAAGGAGCUUUCAGAUCAUACUUUGAAAACAUCUUCACAUCUAGUCAGCCAAAUACAGAAGAUAUUGAAGACUGCUUGAGGGAUCUCGAAUCCAGGGUGACAAGUGGGAUGAAUGAAAAACUGACUAGGGCCUAUAACAGAAUUGAGGUAGAAGAGAUGCUGGCAAAUAGGUUGAAGAGUGUGUUAACAGAUAUUAUAUCUCCUAAUCAAAGUGCUUUUAUGCCUGAGAGAUUAAUAACUGACAAUAUUAUGGUAGCAUAUGAAGUGAUGCAUUCCAUGAAAGUUAGGAAGAAAGGAGGGCAGAGAAACAUGGCCAUAAAGAUAGAUAUGUCUAAAGCCUAUGAUAGAAUAGAGUGGGUUUUCUUAGAAAAAAUUAUGAGAAAGAUGGGUUUUAACAGUAAGUGUAUAGACAUGAUUAUGAAGUGUGUAUCUAUUGUGUCAUAUUCAAUUCUUUUAAAUGGUAAGCCUGGUCAGAAGAUUUUUCCAUCAAGGGGUUUAAGACAAGGUGACCCCCUGUCACCUUAUUUGUUCAUUCUAUGUGCGGAGGGAUUAAGCUCAAUGCUAAACAGUUCAGAUCGUGAGGGAGAUACAAGAGGGGUGGCAGUGGUUAGAGGAGGCACAAGGGUAAAUCACCUAUUAUUUGCAGAUGACUGUAUGCUGUUUGGAAGGGCCAGACUGGAUGAAUGGUUGAAGAUUCAAAGAAUACUUAGUAGAUACGAAAAAGCUUCUGGUAAGUUUUUAAACAGAGAUAAGACAACAAUUUUCUUCAGUUCCAACACCAAAACCGAAGAUAAAAGGGAUGUCUUAGCAGCAGGGAGAGCCACAGUGAGGGGUAAUUUUGAAAGGUAUCUUGGUCUCCCUACAAUGGUAGGUAGGCCAAAGUACAAUACCUUUAAAUGUAUCAAGGAGAGAGUUUGGCAAAGAAUUAACAAUUGGAAGAAUGGUUAUCUGUCGAGUGCAGGAAAGGAAAUAUUGAUAAAAGCAGUGUUGCAAGCAAUCCCAACUUACACCAUGAGUGUCUUCAAGUUACCCAAGAGACUGUGUUAG